UCGGAAGGCGCCGGGGCUGUGGACUGCAGCUGGGCCACAGCGAAGCCCCCCCAGGUGAGAUCCUAGGGGAGGGCGAGCCCAGUUGCCAUCCCCUGACCCUGGGCACCUUUCUGACAGUCAUCCCCGGGAAUCAGCGCUGCGAACUAGGUGAAAAUGAGUUCUUCAGUAAGAAGAAAAGGAAAACCAGGCAAAGGAGGUGGAAAAGGAUCUUUCAGAGGAGGAAGAGGAGGCAGGGGUCACACCAGUAAAUCUCAUGGAGGUGGCGCCGGCAGCGGUGGUGGCGGCAAUAGGAAGGCCUCGAGUAGAAUUUGGGAUGAUGGAGAUGACUUUUGUAUCUUCAGUGAAUCAAGGCGCUCAUCCAGGCCUAGCAGCAGUAGCAUAAGCAAAGGAGAGACACACCCCAAACGGAGGCCUGCAGCCAAAGUGCCUCUUCAGACUCUCCAUAUGACUUCUGAGAAUCAAGAGAAAGUGAAAGCUCUUCUCCGGGACCUGCAGGAACACGAUGCAGAUGCUGGAUCUGAAAGAGGCAUUUCUGGGGAGGAGGAAGAUGAUGAGCCUGAGUACAGUGAUGCUGAGCAGUAUAUGUCAGCUGCCCAGGAAGCUUCCCUUGUCCCUGAAGCUGAUCCCUCAGAAUCUGCUGACUCAGUCCCAGGGGAGCCUCAUAUUCCAGAAUUUACAGUCUCGUCAUUCGCAGUGCAAAAACUUUCCAGAUAUGGUUUCAACACUGAACGCUGUCAAGCGGCCCUGAGGAUUUGUGAUGGAGAUGUCGGGGCAUCACUAGAACAUCUACUCAACCAGUGUUUUUCAGAGACAUUUGGAAAGAGGAUGAGGAUUUCUGAGGCAGUUGCCCAGAUUAGCUUAGAAGAGUGUGUGGAACAGCGACAAGAGGAGGCGUUUGCUCUCCGGUCAAUCUGUGGAGAAAAAUUUGUAGAAAGAAUUCAGAACAGAGUCUGGACCAUUGGAUUAGAACUGGACUAUUUGACCAGUAAAUUCUGCAAAUCCAAGCAAAGGGAAAAUAGCAAAAACGUACAGGAUGCUUCACUUGAUGUCUGUAAAUUUUACCUCAAAGGAAAUUGUAAAUUUGGAUCAAAAUGUAAAUUCAAGCAUGAAGUUCCCCCAAAUCAAAUUGUUGGAAGAGCUGAAAGAAAUGUAGAUGAUUCUCAUCUCAAUGCACAUGAAGAUGCAUCUUUUUUAUAUGAACUUGAAAUUCGAUUUUCUAAAGAUCACAAAUACCCCUACCAAGCUCCCCUUGUGGCGUUUUCUUCCACCAAUGAGAAUCUACCUGUGGCUUGCCGUUUACAUAUUUCUGAGUUCCUUUAUGGCAAGGCCUUGACAUUUGCAGAAACUUCGGAACCUGUUGUAUAUUCUUUGAUAACACUUUUAGAGGAAGAAUCAGAAAUAGUCAAGUUACUAACAAAUAGCCACCACAAGUAUAGUGUUCCUCCUGUGAACUUCCUGCCAGCAGCCUCUGGAACCAGAAUAAAUAAUCCUGCCUGCCAUAAAGCAGUGAUUCCUAGUAAUUUUUUUGUUUCGAAUCAAAUUCUAGAAGUUGAAAAAGAAUCAGAACCUGAGGAAGAGGCAGAUGAGGAUGAAGGUCCUGCACCAGUUAUAGUGGAAAAUGAAAGCUAUGUGAACCUUAAGAAAAAAAUUCCCAAAAGAUUUGACUGGCAGGCAAAAUCAGUACAUGCUGAAAAUGCUAAAAUCUGCAAGCAGUUCCGAAUAAAACAGGCUUCCAGACAGUUCCAGUCAAUUCUUCAAGAAAGACAAUCACUCCCUGCUUGGGAAGAAAGGGAAACAAUUCUUAAAUUGUUAAGCAAGCACCAAGUGCUUGUCAUAAGUGGUAUGACUGGAUGUGGGAAAACCACACAGAUCCCACAGUUUAUUCUGGAUGAUUCUUUGAAUGGGCCACCUGAGAAGGUAGCUAACAUCAUCUGUACCCAACCCCGACGAAUCUCCGCAAUCUCUGUCGCUGAACAUGUUGCCAAAGAAAGAGCAGAAAGGGUGGGUCUGACUGUGGGAUACCAGAUCCGUUUAGAAAGUGUCAAGUCCUCAGCCACCAGACUGCUCUACUGUACUACAGGAGUUCUGCUGAGAAGGCUAGAAGGAGAUUCAGCUCUACAAGGAGUCACCCAUGUCAUUGUUGAUGAAGUUCAUGAAAGGACAGAAGAAAGUGACUUUUUGCUGCUAGUUUUGAAGGACAUUGUGUUGCAGAGGCCAACCCUUCAAGUUAUACUAAUGAGUGCAACUUUAAACGCUGAGCUCUUUUCAGAAUAUUUUAAUUCCUGCCCAGUUAUUACUAUACCAGGUCGUACAUUUCCUGUUGAUCAAUUUUUUCUGGAAGAUGCAAUCGCUGUGACAAGAUAUGUAUUACAGGAUGGGAGCCCAUAUACGCGCUCCAUGAAACAGAUUUCAAAGGAGAAGCUUAAAGCAAGGCGCAACAGAACUGCAUUUGAAGAAGUGGGGGAAGAUCUGAGGCUCUCUCUUCACCUCCAGGAUCAGGAUUCUGUCAAGGAUUCAGUACCAGAUCAACAGUUAGAUUUUAAGCAGCUCCUAGCCCGCUAUAAAGGGGUUAGCAAAUCAGUCAUCAAAACAAUGUCCAUCAUGGAUUUUGAAAAGGUUAAUCUUGAAUUAAUAGAGGCCUUAUUAGAGUGGAUUGUGGACGGAAAACACACCUACCCUCCAGGUGCUGUACUUGUAUUUUUACCGGGUCUAGCAGAAAUCAAAAUGCUUUAUGAACAACUACAAUCUAAUUCUCUUUUCAACAACAGACGUAGUAAACGGUGUGUUAUUCAUCCACUUCAUUCAUCUCUAUCCAGUGAAGAGCAGCAGGCUGUGUUUGUAAAACCUCCUGUAGGUGUAACUAAGAUUAUUAUUUCCACCAACAUUGCUGAGACCUCCAUAACCAUCGAUGAUGUUGUCUAUGUCAUCGAUUCUGGAAAAAUGAAAGAAAAGAGAUAUGAUGCCAGCAAAGGGAUGGAAAGUCUAGAGGACACUUUUGUGUCUCAAGCUAAUGCUCUGCAAAGGAAAGGCCGAGCAGGCCGUGUUGCCUCUGGGGUCUGCUUCCAUUUAUUCACUAGUCAUCACUACAAUCACCAGCUUUUAAAGCAACAGCUACCAGAAAUACAAAGAGUGCCAUUGGAACAGCUCUGUCUAAGAAUUAAAAUUUUAGAGAUGUUUAACACUCAUAAUCUCCAGUCUGUAUUCUCUUGGCUUAUUGAACCUCCACAUACUGAUUCUCUCCGUGCCUCAAAAAUACGAUUACGAGACUUGGGAGCAUUAACUCAAGAUGAAAAAUUGACGCCUCUUGGAUAUCACUUGGCCUCUCUGCCUGUGGAUGUGAGAAUUGGCAAAUUGAUGCUGUUCGGGUCCAUCUUCCGCUGUUUGGAUCCUGCUCUCACCAUUGCUGCCAGUUUGGCAUUUAAGUCUCCUUUUGUGUCUCCCUGGGAUAAAAAAGAGGAAGCUAACCAGAAAAAGCUGGAAUUUGCGUUCGCAAACAGUGAUUAUCUGGCCCUUUUACGAGCAUAUAAGGGAUGGCAGCAAAGUACAAAAGAAGGUGUACGUGCAAGUUAUAAUUACUGCAGACAAAACUUCUUAUCUGGAAGAGUUCUUCAGGAAAUGGCCAGCCUCAAACGACAAUUCACUGAACUGUUAUCGGAUAUAGGGUUUGUAAAGGAGGGACUCAGAGCAAGGGAAAUUGAGAAAAGGGCCCAAGGAGGAGAUGGAGUGUUGGACACUACAGGAGAAGAGGCAAACUCAAAUGCUGAGAACCCCAAGCUGAUAUCAGCAAUGCUAUGUGCUGCUCUGUAUCCAAAUGUAGUGCAGGUAAAAAGCCCUGAAGGGAAAUUUCAGAAGACUAGUACUGGAGCUGUCAGAAUGCAACCAAAAUCAGCAGAGUUGAAAUUUGUCACCAAGAACGAUGGAUAUGUGCAUAUUCACCCUUCAUCAGUGAACUAUCAGGUCAGACAUUUUGACAGCCCCUACCUGGUAUACCAUGAGAAGAUCAAAACAAGUCGGGUGUUCAUCCGAGACUGCAGCAUGGUAUCUGUGUAUCCACUAGUCUUGUUUGGAGGAGGCCAGGUGAAUGUGCAGCUUCAAAGGGGAGAGUUCAUUGUUUCCUUGGAUGAUGGUUGGAUCCGUUUUGCAGCUGCGUCCCAUCAGGUGGCUGAAUUAGUAAAGGAACUUCGUGGCGAGCUUGACCAGCUUCUCCAGGAUAAGAUAAAAAACCCAAGCAUAGAUCUGUGUACAUGUCCUCGAGGAUCCCGGAUCAUCAGCACAAUUGUGAAACUCGUUACCACACAAUAAAGACCAGUCUUAGGGGAGUGCUUGCUACUUACCUGCUUCUUGCUUGCCUGGGAAAUAACAGCAGCACCUCUACCUCGAACUAAAGCCCUGUGCUGGAGCUGGCCCUGAUGGGGGGCCUGGUGGGGAGCCAGCGAAUACAGCGCCGGGUCAGCCGAAGCAACACACACCCUUAGGGAAAAUGUCCAGACUCCAUUUUUCUAACAGCCAUGGGCACUCCCCGCACAAUCUGGAGUGUCAGUGGGGAAGACAGCCUAAGACCCAGCUUGCCUGACUCAACUCUGUGAUUGUCCUGGAGUAAAUGAAAUUUACCUAACACAAGUGAAUGUUUAAUACAAUUCUGUUUUAAUUUAUGUAUUAUUUUUCUCCUGCUUUUUACUGGGGUGGGAUAGGGGCAGGAAGGGAAAUGCCUGUUGGUUCUUUUUCUGCCAUAAAAGCUCAACUGAGAGAAGUCAGACUAGAGAAUAAACCUGGACCUUUCUACAAACUGGGCAAAAAAAAAUCAUGUAUGCAAGAAAAAAAUUUCAUUUUAGGCUUUUGGCUCCUGAGUAAACCUGAUUUGUGAGGGAUUUUUAUGUUUACUCAUUAAAGGUCAGCCGGAAAAAAAACAA